AGAAAAAUAUUACUAAAAUUGUAUAUAAAUUUUGGAAAUCGAAGGUAAGCAAAUGAAUCGUUAUCUCUUUCUUUCGAGGUAGGAAAGAUAAAAAGGUGCUUUUUAAGAUGGUGUUAUAGAGGUGCAUAAAUAGAGGAGAAGGCACCAAAAAUCAAGCAGCUAAGGAUUCUAGAGGAAGCAAAUAGAGAUGGAGGGAUUGUGGAGAGUUGUGUUGGUAAUGGUAAUGGUUGCUGCUGCUUCAAUGGCAGAAAAGGCUUGGGCAGAUCAAAGACAUGUGGUUGGGGGAAGCCAAGGUUGGCAAGAAUCCAUUGAUUUUGACUCUUGGGCUUCUGCCCAGACCUUCAAAGUUGGUGAUCAACUUGUUUUCAAGUACGCCUCGGGGCUGCAUAGUGUGGUGGAGCUUCCGGACGAGAGUGCGUACAAGAACUGCGAUAUCGGGAGCGCGAUAGAGUCGAAGAGCAGUGGCAACGACGCGAUCAAACUAACGAAGCCCGGAACCCGAUACUUUGCCUGUGGGACAAUUGGGCAUUGCAGCCAAGGCAUGAAAGUGAAGAUCAAAGUAGGCAGUGGCACUGCUUCCUCUACUCCAUCACCAACUUCAUCUCACGCAGCUUCUUCUUCAACUUCUCUUGUGGGCUACUUCCUCCUGCUGGCUUUCUAUGCCUUGAGUUUCAUGGUUUUGUAAACGAGGUUUGUUGUUAGAAUUAUAUUCAUUUUGUUUGGUUUUAUUUUAUCUAUGGGUUUAAAGGAGUUUUUGGCUUUGGAUUAUGGGGUUCUUUUUAAAUCCUUUGUCCUGCUUUUUCUUUGUAUUGCUGAGACAUAUAAUUUGGGAUUUAUUAGAUUUACGAUCGUGGAUUAUUAAUAUGAAAUGAGAAGGAAAUAACAUGGAUUAGUAUAAAUUAUCUCUUGCUUA